CCGCACCCUCUCUUUAUUCUCUCUCUCUCUCUGGUUUCUGCAUAUUUCCCCUCCUCCGACUCGAACUCCCACCGCCAUCGCUUCUACUAAACGGUCGAUCGAACGCCCUCGCACGCUCUCUCCCGCGCGAUUCGGCCCGCUCCGCGAGGAUGGGAGACGAAUGCCCCUCCGCCAGUGCGGCUCCGAAGACCAGGAAGAGGGCGAGGGACGACGGGGAUUUCAAGAGAGUCGCGGAGAUCGUUAUGGUUUUGUCGGCCUUGGGACAGAUGCGAGGUGGCAAGGAGCCGGCGGCGGCCGAGAAGGCGCUGGUGGCCGAGGCCAAGGAGAGGCUUGUGGCGAUGUGCGAGGCCGUCAAACCGAAGGAGCUCGUCUCCACGGAGGCAGUGAGGGUCGUGGCGGAGGAUCUCGGGCUGAACAGGUCUAAGGAUCCUGCUUUGGGAUUCCGGCCGCCCAGGAUGUCCAUCUCAGAGAAGUUGAUGCUGACCAAGAAAAAGAUGGAAGUGUCCAAGGAAACAAAUGUGCAAUCAUCAGUUCAUUCCUCUCAACAGCUUCCUGUAAGUGUUGGUGGAAAAUCUGAAUCUCGUGGUACCAUUGCAUCUGGUGCUUCUAGGAUUUCACAGGACAAGAGUCCUAUGCCAACAUCCUCUGGAGGCUUUCGUAAUUCAACUAUAUCUCAUGUUCCUGUGCUGUCCUGGGCUGCCCCUAAUUUGAAGCAGUCACUGAUUAGUGAUGCGCAAGCUGGUGUCAAUACCAUUAAACAUUCAUCUAGUUCUCGUGAUAAGGCUUUGCCUUCAGCACAUAAUGGAUUAAAUGCUAGACCUAGUGGACCAUCUUAUCUGACACAAGAUCAAGCUGAAUAUCCACCUCAGAAAAUCCCAACCAUCUCUUCCAUGCAAUCACCAUCUGUUGCUGCUGUGUCAAGGUUUAGCCAACCAAACAAAUUGUUGGAUCAUACUUCAAUUAGGUCAGAGGGUAUUGCCGGUGCAAAUGCUAGCCAAUCUUCUCAUCAGAUGAAAAAUCAGGACAUAAAGUCUUCUACAGAUCAAGCAGGACAAGGAGGCCUGCAUAUUACACAUCAACCUCCUCAAGGCUUGGCAUUCUUUCAUACACCUUCUCUUUAUACCAAUCACAAUGAGAUUGGUAAGAGUGUGCAGAGGAUAUUGCAAUCGAAGGUUCUGGAUCAUCCAAACUGGAUUCCUCCGUCAAGUGACUAUAUGAAUGCUUCUUUAAAUUGCCAGAUAUGCAAAAAUGUGAUUUCAGAUACAGAAAGUUUGCUUGUCUGCGAUGCUUGUGAGAAAGGAAACCAUUUGAAAUGUCUUCAAUCUUAUGGCAACAAAGACAUUCCUAAAGCAGAAUGGCAUUGCCCAAGCUGCUUGGCAUCAAGUAAUGGAAAGACCUUGCCACCCAAAUAUGGAAGGGUUACAAGAGCUCCUGUUCCAGCACCAAGAGCUGCUCCAAAUACAAGCAUCAAUGUUGCUUCUAAGAAAACAGAAGAUUUGGAUCCUAACACUAGUCGACAAAAAGCACUAGCCAACAGCAAUUCUUAUGUGUCUCAACAUUCCAAUUCUUCGAAUUUGGGUGGCAGCCAUUAUGAUUUAAUGGUAAUUGGUGCUGAAAUGGAUUCGAGGACAAAUGGAGUUAAGAGAGACAAUGAAAAAUGUGAUGCAGUAGGUGAUCAUUUGGAGGAAACAAAUGGAUCUGUAUGUGCUAAUUCUGAUGCAUCUUGUGGGUAUCCCAACGAUAUUGAAAAUGAUAGUUUAGCCUCAUCAAAUACUAAGGAAACCACUGAGCCUGUUUUGCAGACUAAUACAGUGGACAAAAGUUCCUUUGAGCAUUCACAGAGUUUGGUUGGUGGAAAUUACCAUUUUUCUAAAGCAACAUUUGCACCAGAUUCUGACCAAGAUUUAUCAAGCAAUGACAGAAUUUCUGGAAAUCAUUUGCAAGAAAGUUCUUCCACUACCACUUCUGAACCUGAAGGGCAUGGUGAGAAGAAACCACCUGAAUGCAUAGAUGCUUCCAGUGUCGAAGUAGUUAGUGAAGGUAGUUUACAAGUAACUGCUGAUGAAUCAAAAGGAUUGAUCAGUUAAUCAUGAUGUGGUCAUGUUCUCAAUCCCAUGGAGUAUAAUAUCUCAUUUCUUUAGUCUCUGCCGCUGUCUUUCCCAACAGAGAUGUUGGAAUUUGUACUCUCCCAAAAUUGCCCAGCUGACAAUGUCUCUUUUGUAUACACUUCAACAUUUUGUAGAAUCUGCAUGAUGUUUCGUCUGUAAUAUGUACCCUUUUUGAGUUCCAACCAGCUAUCAUAACUUAAUUAUUCUGAUAAAAUCUC